CCGCCCUUGACGCGCUCCCCGCCCCCUCCGCGCCGGGAGCCGGAGCCGGAGGACGGCGAGGGGCGCGGGCGGAGGAGGAGGCAGCGGGGGAGGGAGGAGGAUGCGGCCGGUGCAGCGGGGCCGCCGUUGCCGCCUCUGAGUCGCGCCGAGCGCACGGAGCGCAGCCGCGUCGCUGCGGCCCCGGUCGCGCCAUGGGGAAGGAACAGGAGCUGGUGCAGGCGGUGAAGGCGGAGGACGUGGGGACCGCGCAGAGGCUGCUGCAGAGGCCGCGGCCCGGGAAGGCCAAGCUCCUGGGCUCCACCAAGAAGAUCAAUGUCAAUUUCCAAGACCCAGAUGGCUUCUCUGCCUUGCACCACGCGGCCCUGAAUGGCAACACGGAAUUAAUCACCCUGCUGCUGGAGGCCCAGGCUGCUGUGGACAUCAAGGACAACAAAGGCAUGCGGCCGCUGCACUAUGCAGCCUGGCAGGGCCGGAAGGAGCCCAUGAAGCUGGUGCUGAAGGCAGGCUCAGCGGUGAACAUCCCAUCCGAUGAGGGCCACAUCCCCCUGCACUUGGCAGCCCAGCAUGGUCACUAUGACGUGUCUGAGAUGCUGCUCCAGCACCAAUCCAACCCGUGCAUGGUGGACAACUCGGGGAAGACACCCCUGGACCUUGCCUGUGAGUUUGGCCGUGUUGGGGUGGUCCAGCUGCUUCUGAGCAGCAACAUGUGUGCGGCCUUGCUGGAGCCCCGGCCUGGGGACACCACCGACCCCAAUGGCACCAGCCCCCUGCACCUGGCAGCCAAGAAUGGCCACAUCGACAUCAUCAGACUCCUCCUCCAAGCCGGCAUUGACAUCAACCGCCAGACCAAGUCUGGCACAGCCCUGCACGAGGCCGCACUCUGCGGGAAAACAGAAGUGGUUCGGCUGCUGUUGGAUAGCGGGAUCAAUGCCCAUGUGAGAAAUACCUACAGCCAGACAGCCCUGGACAUCGUGCACCAGUUCACCACCUCCCAGGCCAGCAAGGAGAUCAAGCAGCUGCUGCGAGGUGGGCCCGGGCAGGGCAGGUGGGCAGGGGCAGAGCCUGGGCCGGGCCGGCUCACAGGACUGGGGGGUCUGCUGCCUCCUGUGUCCCCAGAGGCUUCGGCGGCCCUGCAGGUCCGGGCGACCAAGGAUUAUUGCAACAACUAUGACCUGACCAGCCUCAAUGUGAAAGCAGGGGACAUUAUCACAGUCCUUGAGCAGCAUCCAGAUGGCCGGUGGAAGGGCUGUAUCCAUGACAACAGGACAGGCAACGACCGUGUGGGCUACUUCCCGUCCUCCUUGGGCGAGGCCAUUGUCAAGCGAGCAGGUUCCCGUGCAGGUGCCGAACCAAGCCCACCCCAGGGAGGCAGCUCAUCAGGCACCCCUGCACCCCCUGAGGAGAUCUGGGUGCUGAGAAAGCCCUUUGCAGGUGGGGACCGCAGUGGCAGCUUGAGCAGUGUGGCUGGUGGCCGGAGCAGUGGGGGCCACACCCUACACGCAGGCUCUGAAGGGGUCAAGCUCCUGGCAACAGUGCUCUCCCAGAAGCCUGUCUCCGACUCCAGCCCCGGGGACAGCCCUGUCAAGCCUCCGGAGGGCUCCGCAGGUGCCACCCGGUCCCAGCCUCCAGUGGCCCAUGCUGGGCAGGUCUUUGGGGAACAGCCACCCAAGAAGCCAGAGGCGGCAUCAGAGGGCAAGAGCACCGAGGCUGUCAGCCAGUGGCUUGCCACGUUCCAGCUACAGCUCUACGCCCCCAACUUCAUCAGUGCUGGCUACGACCUGCCCACCAUCAGCCGCAUGACCCCUGAGGACCUCACGGCCAUUGGGGUCACCAAGCCGGGCCACCGGAAGAAGAUUACUGCAGAGAUCAGUGGCCUAAGCAUCCCUGACUGGCUGCCUGAGCACAAACCCGCUAACCUGGCUGUGUGGCUGUCCAUGAUCGGCCUGGCCCAGUACUACAAGGUGCUGGUGGACAACGGCUAUGAGAAUAUUGACUUCAUCACCGACAUCACCUGGGAGGAUCUGCAGGAGAUCGGCAUCACCAAGCUGGGACACCAGAAGAAGCUAAUGCUGGCAGUGAGGAAACUGGCGGAGCUACAGAAGGCAGAGUAUGCCAAGUAUGAGGGGGGACCCCUGCGCCGGAAGGUACCACAGUCGCUUGAAGUGAUGGCCAUAGAGUCGCCACCCCCACCUGAGCCUGCCCCAGCUGACUGCCAGUCUCCUAAGAUGACCACCUUCCAGGACAGUGAGCUCAGCGGUGAGCUGCAGGCUGCCAUGACUGGCCCGGCCGAAGGGGCUGCUGCCGCUGCCACUGCCGCUGCCACUGCCGAGAAGCCCUCCAACCACCUGCCGCCCACCCCAAGGGCCUCUAUGCGGCCAGAGCCCAGCCUGGGUGGGCGGGCUCGGCACAUGAGCAGUUCUCAGGAGCUGCUGGGCGAUGGACCCCCUGGGCCUGGCAGCCCCAUGUCACGAAGCCAGGAGUACCUGCUGGAUGAGGGGCCAGCCCCAGGGACCCCCCCUAAGGAGGCGCGGCCCAGCCGCCACGGCCACAGCAUCAAGCGGGCCAGCGUGCCCCCAGUGCCUGGCAAGCCACGGCAGGUCCUUCCACCAGGUGCCAGCCACUUCACGCCCCCGCAGACACCCACAAAAGCCCGGCCAAGCUCCCCCCAGGCUGUGGGGGGGCCUCAUGGCCCAGCCCCAGCCACAGCCAAGGUGAAGCCCACCCCCCAGCUGCUGCCACCAGCAGAGCGACCCAUGUCACCUCGCUCGCUGCCUCAGUCACCCACACACCGUGGCUUUGCCUAUGUGCUGCCCCAACCCGUGGAGAGCGAGGCAGCGCCGGCUGCUCCGGGGCCUGCACCUGCGGCUGUUCCCACGACUGUGCCCAUGCUGUGCCUGCCCCCCGAGGCUGAUGUGGAGCCAGAGCGGCCCAAGAAGCGUGCCCACAGCCUGAAUCGCUACGCAGCGUCUGACAGCGAGCCGGAGCGGGACGAGCUGCUGGUGCCGGCGGCUGCAGGGCCCUAUGCCACGGUCCAGCGGCGUGUGGGACGCAGCCACUCGGUGCGGGCUCCUGCUGGUGCCGACAAGAACGUUAACCGCAGCCAGUCAUUCGCUGUGCGACCGAGAAAGAAGGGGCCCCCACCGCCCCCGCCCAAGCGCUCCAGCUCAGCCAUGGCCAGUGCCAACCUGGCCGAUGAGUCGGUGCCAGAUGUGGAGACCGAGGGGGCUGGGACUGAGGAUGGCCAGCUGGGGGUCCGAGCACAGCGCCGCCGGGCUAGUGAUCUGGCUGGCAGUGUGGACACAGGAAGUGCUGGCAGCGUGAAGAGCAUUGCAGCCAUGCUCGAGCUGUCGUCCAUUGGGGGUGGGGGCCGGGCAGCCCGCAGGCCCCCCGAGGGCCACCCCACACCUCGCCCUGCCAGCCCGGAGCCAGGGCGGGUGGCCACAGUGUUGGCCUCGGUGAAACACAAGGAGGCCAUUGGGCCUGAUGGUGAGGUGGUGAACCGGCGCCGCACGCUGAGUGGGCCCGUCACAGGACUUCUGGCCACUGCUCGCCGUAGUCCAGGAGAGCAGGGGCCCCCUGCAGAUCACGGCCAGUUUGUGGAAGAUGGCACUGCCCGGCAGAGGCCUCGAGGUCCGGCCAAGGGCGAGGCGAGUGCAGAGGGACCGCCCCUGGCCAGGGUGGAGGCCAGUGCCACACUCAAGAGGCGCAUCCGAGCCAAGCAGAGCCAGCAGGAGAACGUGAAGUUCAUCCUAACUGAGUCCGACACUGUCAAGCGCCGGCCCAAAGCCAAGGAGCGGGAGGCAGGUCCUGAGCUACCCCCACCGCUGUCUGUGUACCAGAAUGGAAUGGGCACUGUGCGCCGCCGACCGGCCUCUGAGCAGGCUGGGCCCCCAGAGCUGCCCCCUCCACCUCCGCCCGCUGAGCCCCCGCCCUCUGACCUGAUGCACCUGCCCCCGCUGCCCCCGCCCGACAGCGACACCCGGAAGCUGACCAAGCCGCCUGUCUCUCCCAAGCCCGUUCUGGCUCAGCCUGUGCCCAAGAUCCAGGGCUCACCCACACCUGCCUCCAAGAAGGUGCCGCUGCCAGGUCCGGGCAGCCCAGAGGUGAAGCGUGCUCAUGGCACGCCGCCGCCUGUGUCUCCCAAGCCGCCGCCGCCGCCCACUGCGCCCAAGCCGGCCAAGGCCGCGGCGGGGCUGCAGUCGGGCAGCACCAGUCCGUCGCCGGCGCCCUCGCCGGCACGCCAGCCGCCCGCCGCCCUCGCCAAGCCGGCCAGCACGCCGCCCUCACUGAGCGCCAGCCCCGCCAGGCCCCCGUCCCCAGGUGCACCCGCGCUGCACGUGCCCGCCAAGCCGCCGCGCGCCGCUGCCGCCUCCGCCGCCACCGGGCCUCCAGCUGCGCCCGACGGUGCCUCGCUUGGGGACAGCGUCCGGCAGAAGCUGGAGGAAACGAGCGCGUGCCUGGCAGCGGCGCUGCAGGCCGUAGAAGAGAAGAUCCGACAGGAGGACGCGCAGGGCUCACGCCCCUCGGCCGCAGAGAAGAGCACCGGCAGCAUCCUGGAUGACAUUGGUAGCAUGUUUGACGACCUGGCCGACCAGCUGGACGCCAUGCUGGAGUGACGCGGCCGCCCACGUCGGGCCCGCCCGCGCCGCAUGGGCUCUGGCCCGCACACUGACCUUUACCUCAGGAUGGGCACCUCGUGGCGUGGCGCGAGCGAGCAGGGCGACGGGCCAAGGGGAGCCGGGCGCAGGGGAUAGCCCUCCAAGUGGCUGCAGGCACGAGGCGGGGGUAGGCCGUGCUGCCCAGCCCCUGCACAAGCACAACUCUUGCCCCCUGAGCCUAGCCGGGAGGACUGCCUGGCUGGGGGACCCAAGGGCUCUGGGCAGAUGCUGUUGCCCCGUGGGUGCCCGUCCCUAUCUGCUGCUCCCUGUGCAAUAACUGCUGGGCCAUCUGCCCACCCACCACCAAGCUCUGCCAGCUGUGGGUGGAGGAGGGGCAGCCCCUGAAACCCCUGCCAGGUGAGGCAGCGGGAGUGGGGCAGCCGCUGUAGUCCCCUCCCCAAUCUGUGGCAGAGCACAGGCCUAUGCCCAGCACAGAACUGCCCAUUGGGGUCCUCUGCCAGCCGCUCUGGCGCAGCACAAGGGGCUGGGGUUGGGGCCCCUGCUCCACUGCACCCCCCAGAAUAUAAGCUAUCGAAGAGUAUUUAUUGGGAAUGAGCUGAGGCAGAUUUCCCCAGAGAAACAAAAAGUUAUAACUUUAACAAAUAUAUAUUUAAAGAAAGAAAAAAUAUUAUUGAUUCUAUAGAAAACCAUUUACCAACUGCAAGGACACUGGAAUCUAGCUCAAGACAAAAGCUGUUAGAGGCCCAGGCCAUCUGUCUGUGUGUCCUUCCCUCCCUCCAUCCAGGAGUGGCCAGACCCCUGGCCCAGUAGCACAAACAGGAGGCUGGGGUCUGGGGAGGGUUCCAUGUUCCACCAGGGCCUCCCCUCUGCUCUCUCUCCUAACUUCUCUGCAUCUGAAGAACUUGAAGGAUGUGCCUUGCUCGCUGCUGGGCUGUGUCCUCCACGCGGUGGAGACAAUGGAGAGGGCUCCUCCUCUCUUGGGGGUGCUGGCAUGAGGGUGCCCCUGGGCUUCAGGGGAGCUGUGUACACAGUGUGGUGAAUGUGGGUGUGUCAGCUGGGUGACAACAGUGGGUGCGAGGCGUGCAUGCCAGGCUGUGUGUGGCUCACGUGAGGGUGUACCCGACUCUCCCUCCCUGGGGUCCCCAAGCUGGCUCCUUGCAGCCAGCCCACCCCCAUUCGAGUUCCCACGGACGCUCUGCUCGUGGUCCAAGGCCGUGUUGUGUGGUCGUUCUCGCCUUCUCUUCCUCCCUCUACCCCCUCCAAAAAAUACUGACUGGCCUCCUCUAUCGUCUUUGCUGAUUCACGUGUGUUGGGCACAACUUUGACAUUUCUUUAAAAAAAAAAAAAAGAAUUAAAAAACGCCGAAAACCAGCGAUUGUGAUUUGGGCAGGUGGAAGGGCUCUGCCGAGGUGGUGUCUGGGCAUGUGGGGCCCCUUCCAGCAGUCACAACCUGACACUUCCCCAGGUGGAGUGCCUGGCCAUCUCCCUGGCCUCUCCUCAGUGGGUGGCCCAGGCCAGGGCCAGCAGGUGGGGAGGGGGGUCCGGGCAGGGAACUACUGUCAGCUGUCAAUAAACAGCAGAAA